AUGGGUAAGUUGAAGAUGAUUAUUAAUGUUUACCCAAUUAAUAAGUUAGAAACCAUAAAAAAUAAAAAAAUAGAGGGAAGUCUUAAUUAUAAAAUUGAGUAAAUUAAAAAAAAAAAAAAUAUUUAAAUCCAAAUGAAUACAAAUCAAUACAAUUCUUUUCCAAAACUUCAUUACAAAUAAUGUAUUUUUAUAAUGAGCAAAAAGAUACUUAUUAUUUAAUAUUUUCUAAUAUCACCUUAUUACAUACCUAAAUUUUAAAAAUAAAAUUCUAUCAAACAAACAACUAAUUAUGUAUCUUUUUCAGUCAUACAAUAUAUAUGA